UCUCUUUACCCGCGUUAAUUGAGUGGGAAGGCCGAGCAAAAAAACACCAAAUUGAGACUGCCAUUUUAUGGAUUCCAAAAGGUCCCAUCAUGCCAGCUGCUUCUUACUCCCAAUUCUCUCUCUCUUUCUUCCUUUACUCAUCUUUCUCUUUCACUGCCUGCACCUCUGAUGUGACCACCGACUAUAAAAUUAUACUUUCCUUUCUUUUUCGUUUAGGGCGGAUGUGUAGAAGGAGCUUUCUCUUCCUUUCCUGCCGAUAACCAACCAAUCGGACGGAUUGAAUGAAUGUCUGAUCACAAAUCAGGCUCCAUGGCCGAUCAGCUCUCCAAGCAGACCUCUAUUUUUGGUCUACGCUUGUGGGUUGUUCUUGGGGUUUGUGUUGGAGCAGCUUUUGUGCUUUUUCUCUUCCUAAUUUCUCUUUGGAUUGCUUCAAAACGCUCUCGCAAGAAGAUUUCUAACAGACCCACCAUUCCCAUCGUCUCUAAAGAAAUCCAAGAGAUCAGAAUCGAUCAUCCCCUCCCUCAAAACCAAGAACAUAAUAAGCCCAGUAGGUCCCAUUUUCAGGUCGACCCACUUCCGGAGCCGGAACCAAUUCCGGGAAUUGAGCGUCAAGCGUUGCUUUCGUUGCCUCAGGAGGAGGAGCGAGUGAAUAGAAUUCAUAUUGACAUCGGGAAGGAUCAUAGGAUUUCGUAUCCUGAGCGCCUUGGUCGGUCGUCUUCCUCGCAGGGUAGUGGAGAGGGGCGAUGUGGUGGUGAUCAGCUGCCUAUGGUGGUGCCGGAAGUUUCGCAUUUGGGUUGGGGGCAUUGGUACACUCUCAGAGAGCUCGAAGCCUCGACUAAUGGGUUCUCCCCAGAUAAUGUCAUUGGUGAGGGUGGAUAUGGAAUUGUUUACCAUGGCAUUUUGGAGGAUGGAACUCAGGUUGCUGUGAAGAAUUUGCUAAACAAUAGGGGACAAGCCGAGAAGGAGUUCAAAGUUGAAGUUGAAGCAAUUGGACGAGUCAGACAUAAGAGCUUAGUUAGAUUGCUUGGAUACUGUGCUGAAGGUGCUCAUAGGAUGCUUGUAUAUGAGUAUAUAAAUAAUGGAAACUUGGAACAAUGGCUUCAUGGGGAUGUGGGAUCUUUCAGCCCUCUUACCUGGGAGAUUAGAAUGAACAUCAUUCUUGGAACGGCUAAAGGGCUAGCUUACCUUCACGAGGGAUUGGAACCAAAAGUCGUUCAUCGGGAUAUCAAAUCAAGCAAUAUCCUACUCGAUAAGCAAUGGAAUUCCAAGGUUUCAGAUUUUGGCCUUGCAAAGCUACUAUGCUCUGACAAUAGUUAUAUUACAACCCGAGUUAUGGGAACAUUUGGUUAUGUUGCGCCAGAAUAUGCGAGUACAGGAAUGCUGAAUGAAAGAAGUGACGUGUAUAGUUUUGGAAUACUUGUUAUGGAAAUAAUAUCAGGACGGAACCCUGUUGAUUAUAGUCGUCCUCCAGAUGAGGUGAACCUGAUUGAUUGGCUUAAGAGAAUGGUUAGUAACCGUAAUCCAGAGGGCGUAUUGGAUCCAAAGCUUGCUGAAAAGCCUACUACAAGAGCAUUGAAGCGGGCUCUACUUGUUGCAUUACGCUGUGUGGACCCAAAUGCUCAGAAACGGCCAAAAAUGGGACAUAUUAUUCAUAUGCUAGAAGCUGAAGAUGCUAACUUUAAAGGGGAUCGAAAAGCUGGAAAAGACCCCGAGAAUUCACAUUCAAACAAUGUCAAUAAUGGUUUGAAUGAAAGGCAGGCGACAGAAUUAGGUGGCAACAAUGUGGAUGAACUUGCUACUUGACAACGAGAUACGUGAAUACAUCAACUCAAGUAGCAGUCAACUUUUCCAGCUUGGGAUUCCCAACUAUUCACUUGCAACUUUUAUCUUGGGUCCUUCAUUUAGAAGAUGUCCUACUCGGCCACACCAAUAUCAAUCACAAUAUGUAUAGUUCAUCAUUUUUGCUGUCAAUAGCUCUUCCAUAGCCAGUCCUUAUACCAUUGAAGAUAAAAAUUCAAUUCAUGUCUCUGUCAAUGCCCCUCCGAAGACGGUCUUCGUGGAUGAGGUAUUGCUAUUUUCUUACAUUAUCUGCCUCAUUCCCUUACUGUUCAACAGCAUAAUUUUGAAAAUAAUAGGAAAAGGUUCAACUAGAGCAUCCAUACCCCAUUUAUAAACAUUAAUUUCGAUUUAUAGCUUUGAAAGUUGUAUCCAGUUUGUCAACAGUGUAUGCAUACGAUAAUAGUUUCCCGAUUGGGCCUAAUAAAUUUAGGGGGUCCCUUUUGUUUCAUGUAA